AUGGCGCUCUUUUCAGCAGCAGCAAAAGGAGACUUCCUGAAGAUACAAUCAUUAAUCGACUCGGAAGACAAGUCAGAGGAUUCGGGAGGAGUUGAUGUAAACUGCAAGAAUGCAUCUGGCAAAACACCCCUUCACAUUGCUUCGGAAAACGGACAUUUGCAAACGGUUAAAUGCCUCACCCACCAUGGAGCAAAAGUGAAUGUGAUCGAUGCUAACCUACAAACAUCGGUUCAUUUAUGCUCGAAGAAAGGCCAUCUUCAUGUGGUACAGAUGUUAGUGAACGAAGGAGCAGAUAUUGAAAUUGGUGACAAAGAUGGGUUUACAGCUCUUCACGUAGCAUCAUUGAAUGGUCAUAUUGAUGUUGUCAAAUACCUUGUUACUAAAGGGGCAGAGCUGGAGAGACUUGCUGAUGAUUACUGGACACCUCUACACCUUGCUUUAGACAGUGGCCAUCUUGAUAUUGCAGAUUACCUUUUGACAGAAGGAGCCAACAUUAACACAUGUGGUAAAGAUGGAUAUUCAGCUCUACAUACUGCAUCACAAACUGGUGAUAUUGAUGUAGUGAAAUAUCUAACCAGUCAAGGAGCAGAGCUGGAUAGGAGCACUGACGAUGGUUGGACCGCACUUACUUUGGCUUCAUUUGGCGGACGCCUUGACAUUGUCAAAUACCUUGUUAGUAAAGGGUCUCAACUUGACAAAUGUGACAAAGCCGACAGGACCCCCUUGUAUUGUGCUUCUCAAGAAGGCCAUUUUGAAGUCGUCCAGUAUAUCGUGAACAAGGGAGCAGGCAUUGAAAUUGGUGAUAAAGAUGGGUAUACAGCUCUUCACAUUGCAUCCUUCAAGGGUCAUCUUGAUAUUGUCAAAUACCUUGUUAGGAAAGGGGCACAGCUUAACAAAUGUAACAAAAACGACAGGACACCCUUGUCUUGUGCUUCCCAAAAAGGCCAUCUUGAAGUCGUCGAGUUUCUUGUGAACGAAGGAGCAUGCAUUGAAAUUGGUAAUAAAGAUGGGGUUACAGCUCUCCACAGAGCAUCAUUCAAUGGUCAUCUUCAUAUUGUCAAAUACCUUGUUAGUAAAGGUGCAGACCCGGGGAAACUUGCUAAUGAAGAGGACCACUAUGACUACCUUCGCAGUACGUUCGGUAGUAAGGCUCUCCCUAGCUUAAUGCCCCGCCCAUACUCCCCAACAUACGAUCCAUAUCUUACCAGUAAACAAGACAGCUCUAGCUCCUCGAGGAAGAGUAUCACAGAAGAGACAAAGAUUAUAAGUCUGGACGAGUACAGCAUCAAGGUUCCAAUUUCACCAGACGAUGUGGACAGAGCCAAAUAUAUCACAGCAGAAGCAUUGACAACCAUUCCACAUGACUUAAAGCUGGAAAAAGACGAAGUUAUUAUCUCAGUUGGGCUCAAGCUAUCCCCUCCUGGUCUUCAGUUUAAAACUCCGGUGGAAGUCACGGUCUCACAUAGCGCUAUUUUCUCCAACCCAGACAAGGCAGAAAUUGUGCUAUACACCCGAAGGACUGAGUCUGAUGAAUUUUCAAGGAUAGUUCCUGCUUCUGACAAAGCUGCUCGGUGUGUAGUCACAAAGAAUCACCUUACUCUGUACUUAGAUCAUUUCUCGGAAUGGUGGAUUAUCUCCUUAAUCAAGAGAUACUUCAUCGGUAAACGACUCAUCUGUACGCCAUACGUUCCCGUGUCAAUAUCCAGAGACGUCAUGAACCCCAUCUUGCUCGUCAUUAAAGACGACUUCUACGGCAUGAAAGAGGAUAUUAUACAAGAGUACAAGGCAGCCUAUCCUGGUGAGCAGUACUGUGUAUAUUGGAGACAAGGACCCCUACUUGUCAGACAUCUGGAAAACGAAGCCGAAGUGUCAACACAGGAACUUGAAGUACGUGCUUUCUUUGACAUGACGACCAAUCGGAUGCCGUUCGCUCUUCAGCCACGUGAACAAAUGGUAUCCGGAGUUCUUGUCACGCUCAUCUUGAAGCAAACAAUCACGAAGCGUAUCGCCUUCCAAGUACUGUACAACGAUGUGCCGCAUGAGAAUCCAAUUGCCAAAUCAACUCCGACAGGAACUGCAUCUUCCAAAGGCAAAGCUGAACCAACUGAUGUUGGACGGGGAACAUCCAAAUCACAUCAGCUCCACGAAGAGCAGACAAGAAGCGAGCAUCAUCUUGAAACGAUAGGUUCAACAUCACCUCAGCCUGCAGACACAAAGGACGGAAGUAGUCAUACUGAUGUCUUUACAAGACCUAGGCCGUUGAUUCCACCAUCGAUAGAGUCACCGCCAUGUGAACAUGCCUACCAAGUAACAGAGACAGGAGCUAUUGGUGAGGAGCUGAAAGCUCCGACAUCAUCGACAGUGCCCGUCCAUCCGGUAGAGCCUGCAGCAAAGAGGACAAUGGGAGCCCCACCAGCAAUUGUGGCAAACAUUGUCCAAGAAUUGGUUCCAGGACUUUCAGCAGAUCGAAAUAUGCACCAGCGUCCUGGAAACGUCUAUAUCAACGUCAACAAUAUCAAAGUCAUCAAUAAUUCCCAAGUGAAUAAUCCUCAAAGAAAUACUGUUGCCCCUGUUCCAAUUGUAUCCAUAGUACCUCCUAUGCUACAGCAUGAGCUGCGUUGCCGGUUGAACAGAGAAAGCCCAGUUUUUGAUGACUGGAGGGGUCUUGCCAAUCAGCUUGAACUUCAAGACUACAUACAAUCACUGGAGCAGUGCAAGAAUCCGACUGAAGAACUACUCGUACUUGCAGAGAGUCAAAAGAAGAUUCAGGACCUUGGGGACUUGUGUAAGGCGUUCGAACGUAUGAAUCGUGGAGAUUGCCAAGAGCUCUGUGAAAAAUAUGCGUUUGAGAGAACAAAGUCAGCUGAUCCUCGGAAGGAUCAAAUGGAAGAUGAUGACACGGAAACCAGUGAUUAGGGAACAAACUCAAUCUGUUCCAUAUCACCCUUAAAUCCAGGGUCUAUUGCUCGUUAUUCAUACAACCUAUGAACAUAGCCCUAUAUGGUUGUUGUAAUCUACCAACUACCUGUCAUUUGGUUUUAACAAACCAAAUCAUUAGAUUUGCUCGAAACAUAAUAAUUAAAGGUAUAAUAUAAGGUCCGUAUUCUCCUAAUUCAGUUAAGUCUUAUCCAGGGUCUAAAAUCAUGUUUGAAAGAAAACUGAGAUCUUAGCCCAAUUUUCUUUUUUAGACCACUUUUUUGACAAAAGUUUAAAUCCAGCGUCGGGUUGAAAUAUUAGAACAAUUCAGGCCUAUAAAAUUGACCAAAUAUAUGUUUGUUGGGUAAAUUAUUACCACCCAAUAUUGCCAAAACCUUAGUCAAUUAUAAGUACAUUAUUAUGAUACUUAUUAUUAUACAGAUUAUUGUGAUACUUGGCACUUAACUGUUAAUGCCAGCAAAACGAAAAUUGUUGUUUUUUCACGUGUGAAAGUUAGAAGAAUUCCAGAAUUCGUUGAUGAUGGUGGUGUACUGGAAGUUGUUUAUGACUUUGUAUAUUUAGGAGUGACGUUUAAUUAUAAUGGUAACUUUAAAAAAGCAAUUGCUAAACAGGUCACACAAGCUCGAAAGGCAAUGUAUAGUAUGUUAGUAAAGGCAAAAGGUUGCAUUUAUCUGUUGAUACACACUGUCAUUUAUUUGAUCACUUAGUUUUGCCAAUUCUAUUAUAUGGUGCUGAGGUCUGGGGCUAUGAGUGUAUAGAUCAACUUGAAGUUUUCCAAAGAAUUUGUUUAAGAACGAUAUUGUUUGUAAAUAAGUGCACACCUGACUGCAUUGUUUAUGGUGAAACUGGACGUGGUAAAAUACUCGAUAAAAUUAAGUGUAGAAUGAUUGAAUAUUGGGUAAGACUAGAUAAAGGGAAGCAAUCAAAGUAUUCAUUGAUUCUCUUUAAGUUUCUGUUGCAGUUGUAAAGUGAAGGACAAAGUUGAGUUAAUAUAAAGUCACAAUGGGUUGAGUUUCUUGCAAACAGUUUUGACUAUGCAGGACUUGGAAACGUCUGGCGAGCUCAAGGAGAAGGAUAUAGUGCUGCCUGGAUUAUGAAUACUAUGAAAACCAGGCUUUCUGACAUGUCUAUUCAGGAAUGGAGCGCAGCUACCUGGUCAAAUCGUAUUUGCACGAACUAUAGGAUGUUUAAGAAUGAGUUGGUUUGUGAAAAAUACCUGCAGAUAUUAUGUCAGAAGGAAGCAAUAAUUUUAAGUAAAUUUAGAUGCAGAACACAUAGAUUACCAGUGAAUAAAGGUAGAUUUGAUGCAAAUGUCGUAGAUGAUGUGCAAUGCUCACUCUGUACACCAACAUAUAUUGGUGAUGAAUUGCAUUACAUUUUUGUAUGUCCAUUCUUUCAAAAUAAGAGAAAUAUCUAUAUACCAAAUAACUUGUGUGGUAGUAGCUUAAGACCAAGUGCAUUGCACAUGGAUAGGUUUGUAAUACAGCUCACGCUUGCCAGCUGAAG